UAUCAAAGACUAGUAAUCUGUGGUGGUAUGCUUGAAUUAUUAUGACAUUUGUGUAGUAGUAAUCACUAAUCAUUAAAGAACAAUCUGUAAUUUGUGUGAUUAUCGUUAAAAAAAUCAUUUUUGAUUUAAAUGCAAGUAUGGAAUCUACAGUGAAUGAAUUCCUCAAUGAAAUUGAUGAAAUAAUUCCACGAAAGAAGAGUCCUGAAAAAAUCGUAAAUGAAUGGAAAGAAUGUUUCGAUUCAAAAAGUGGAUUUCCAUACUACUGGAAUAUCAAGACAAAUGAAGUAACAUGGGAAAAACCAAAAAGUUUCGUAACCCAUUCUUCUAUGAAUGGUCCAAUCCCCAAUAUUCCUGAGAUCAAGAAUAAAGUUAAGAUUUAUAAAAUCUCUGCAACAAAUGAAACACGUUUACUACCGAAAUUAAAUGGGAAUUCGUUGAAAAAUGAUGUGAAAAAGUGUCCUUUGAAGAAAAAACCACACAGUGAUUCUGAUGAUGAGAAAAUCACACUUAUUACCUCAUAUGGCUCGAGCAGUGAAAGUGAAGAUGAAAAGAUACCUGCUAAAAAGGCAAGUCCAAAAACAUUUAAAAAUGAAGAUGAUGAAGACGAUAUAUUGUCAACUGUUUUGAAAAGGGCAGAGCAAUUGAAGAAUCUGGGAAGUGUAGAUUCAAAAAGUAUUCCAAAACACUCUGAUGUUCCUGUAAAAACAUCCAAACCUAUAUCAGGAUUUUCUCUAGUAGCAGGUUAUGACAGUAAUUCAGAAGAAGAAAGUAUAGAUGAUGUAAUUAAUGUUGCUAAGACGAAUCAAUCUGUAUCCAGUCCACAGACACAAUCUCAUAGCACCUUGUUUCCUAUUAUAAAAACACCUGAUAUAAAUGAUUUUAAAGUUAAAGAAAACAUUCCUAAAGAAGAAACCAAUAUGGAAAGUUCAUUUGAUAUGAAAAAUUUCAAACGGAAACGAAGGUUAGCAGUGAAUUUUGUACCAAAUAGAUAUAAUCCGAGACCUCCAUCUCCCGAUAAGGAUGCACCCGCAGAAAGAAAAGGCUUAGGAUUCAAAGAAAAGGAAGAUGAGUUGCCUAAUCCAAAAAAAUCUAAAACUUUAUAUUCAAAUUUCACCAAAGGUGGUGUGGAAUUCAUUAAAACAGAGAAGACAAAUGAUAAUACAGAAAAAGAGGAUGAAAUUGAUGAAAAAAAAAUAGGAGAGGUCUAUGAAUUAUUGCGUGAGAAGCUCUCCUUUUUAUGCGAAGGACAUAAAGACAUUAUGCCUGUUCAAAUUAUUCUGAUACAAAUAGAAACUUUGUAUGGAGCUAUGAAAGCUGAAAGCUUGAACCCCAGUUAUUUGCAUGAUUGGUUACUUGGUACAAGUGAAGAUUUGAUUAAAUUAGAGAAAGAUGCAGCACCAGAAGGUUGGACUUUACAAUGGGAUAGAUUACAAAAGAGGUAUUACUAUCAUAACCAAGAAAGUGGACAAACCCAAUGGGAAUUUCCUCAAGCCGAGUUUGAGAGACAAGAGGAAGCAAUGGAUAUAUGCACUACACCUCCUCCUCCUGAAAUUACAGAAGAAGAAAUAGAACAAGAGAAUCCACCAUCAAAUGCAACUCCAAGUCCUCCACCUGCACCAAUUAUUAGCAAAUCAGAUUCUGAAGAUGUUCCCGAUCUUAAAACACCUUCAAUCUUACCCAGUCAACCGCUACCUCCUGGUGUGGAUGUUACAGAUUCGACUUUCCAUGGAAGCACUGAUAUUGACUCCGCAUUUAAUACGUUCUAUUCGGAAUUGGCAGAAAUAGACAAAACUUCAAAACCAAGUUCCCCCUCUAGUACUGCUGAACCAAAUGAAACUACGGAAAAGGUAGAAGAAACAUUAGAACCAGUGAAAAAGAAAAAGAAGAAGAUUAAACUAGGUCAAGGGUUAUCACUAAAGAAAAAGGAAGUUUCUAAAUUAGUUGAGAAGUGGAAGAGUGUGCAAAAUAAUUAUUAGAAAUAUGUUGUAGUAAAAAAAAAAUUAAUGUGUAUAUAUUCCUGUAUAUAAUAAAAAAUUAUUAAAUUUUUGAACUGAUA